AUGGCGGAGCCAACAAGCAGCCUGGUGGAAAAGGUCAAGGUCAAGAUCAUGGGCGUGGAGGUAGAGCGGGACGAUGAGGGGUGGCAUUUCGUCAUGGCCUUCCCGGUCCCGGUGGGAUCUGCAUGCGAUGACCCUGCGUCCCACUUCAACCAGACAAUAGACAACUGCCAUGAGACAUGGAAGGAGAUGUUCCGCGCCAGCGAAACGCCAGAGUUUCCCAACUCAAUGCUGAAGAAGGACUUUCAGGAGAAGGUGCGGCAGAAAGUCGUGACCAUCUUAGAAGGACCGAUGUUCGGGUGCCGCACGGAAAUCAUGCCUUCGGUGGAUGGCGACGAGCUGUUCCUGAAGAUCGGGGUAUGCGACAACGACGACUUGGCAAAGAUCGCAGAGAAGGUUGAGGCACGUGCGCGGAUCAAGCCAGAGGCUUACGAACAGGCCAAAGUUGCCUGCCCCACGUUGAUGAAAGUUGGCAAGGACUUCCACAUCCACGAGCAUCAUCACUUGGACCUGGAUGGGAGACACCUUGACAACACGUGCCCUGCACAUGUGACUUUCCGCAUCCCUCUUCGCGACAAACUCGAGGCCUUCGCAGACACUGAAGUCCUCCGGAUUUUUCGACGCCACCUAUCGAGUUUCAUCAGCGUGGCUGCCAUGGAGCGGGAAAACGUGGUUUCGAAGUUCUUCGCCGUGCAUAGUUGGAAGGACCUCGACGAGCUUCACCGACGUGGCUGGAACGAUCCGACGCUGAUGUUUCGUUGGCCUGCAGAAGGCAUCACAGACUACAUCUUUCAGUACACCGGAGUCCAGGUCGCCUAUUUCUUCCACCUCUUCUCCACCUUCACGAGGUGGGUUUCUGCACCAGCUCUUCUGAGCGUGCUGGUCUUCACGAUUCGCAAAUCCGAAAAGCUGAGUCGCGAGCAGAUCACGCUCAUGGACUCCAUCUUUGGCUUCGGGCUUUGCAUUUGGACGACGAUCUUCCUUGCUCGGUACGAGCAGCUGCUGAACCUCAAAAUCUUCCGCUGGGGGAUGAAAGGUGCAACCCAUGAGAUCGUGCCAGUCCGAAAGACUUUCAAAGACGAGUACCGCGGGACCCUCAUGGAGUCCCUGCAGAAUCUUUUGCACUGGUUCCUGUGUCUCGUGUUCAUCGGCGAGAGUAUCGCGGUCGUCUACUUCCUCACAGACUUGAGGAAACAAGUGAUUCAAGACCCAGCUGGGAUGACCUUUGGAAUAGCGAACUCCACUGUGGUUCUCUUGUACAAGUACGUCAUCACUGCCAACAUCAAGAUCGUCGAUCUGGUGUGGACGCCUCUGUCCACUUGGCUGAGCAAGCAAGAGAACUUUCGGACGGAUGUCGAUCUUAAGUCUGCGAUGGUUGUGAAGAUCUAUGUCGUCAAGUUCAUGGUCUACUACUACCCGUUCGCCUACACCAUACUUGUCCAGCCCUACGUAGAAGGCUGCGACGGCGAUGAUCCCAAAGAUUUUCGAGGCUGCCUCCUGAAGUUGCGCCAGGAUUUGCAAGUGCUCUUCAUUACGCAGGUGGCCUUCCAAGCCUUCGAAGUGGUGGUCUCCGUUCUGAUGACCUAUAAGACGGUCUGGUCCGAGCUCAGGAAUCGGCGACAGAACAGAAAUCUCACGUAUUUGGAGCUCCAGGCAAUGAUGCCCGAGUAUGAUGAAGCCGAGCAGAUUGAGGAGUACAUGCAGCUGGCUUUGAAUUUCGGCUUCAUCUCCAUGUUCGGCGUGACAUGCCCCGUCAUUUGCAUCCUGUGCUGGCUCAACAACUUCAUUGUCAAGCGACUCCUGGCCUAUAAGAUCUCCUAUGCGCACCGGCGGGUCAUUCCCAGGGUCGAGGAGGGAAUUGGCUCCUGGAGCAACAUCCUGUCCUUCAUUGCCUAUUCAGGCGUGACAUGCACCUGCUAUAUUGUCUUCUUUGUGUUCGACUUUAUUCACCUUUCUUUCAAGUGGAAGCUCAUUGCCUUUAUCCUCAGCGAGAAAGCGAUGAUGGCUUUAAAGUAUGGAAUGGAGGGGUUCUUCGGGGCCAAGAUGGUGGCGCAGCUACGGGUGGAGGAGCACAACGAGGAGGUGCUAGAUCUGGUGCUUGCCAAGAACAAGGAACCCUGA